AUGUUAAUCGGCAUCUGCGGCUCCAUCUGCGCCGGCAAACACACCACGGCCGAAUAUCUAGUCCAACAGUCAGGCUUCCUCCGCCUGCAUCUUCCCACACCGACCCAGCUACAACCAUUGCAGAGCUCAUCCGACGGCACCACCCCAUCACGGAUUUCUCGCUCUAACCUCCAAUCGUCACCAUCACCGCCGACUAUAGACCACCUACGGCUGCUCCCCAGUGUGACCGACCAGGUUGGCACCCGCGGCCUCUCAUUCCCCGACGUCGAGUCCUUGCUAGAUUUCGUGACCAAACGAUGGCGCGAGCAUUGGGUCUUGACCGACAUCUACGACGAAGAGACCCUAGAGUUACUUCUCAGGAGACCAUUCUUUAUGCUGAUCAACGUCGACGCACCCGUAGGUGUGAGGUACAAGCGGUUCAGUGACCGCUGUACAAAACGCAACCUCCCUCCCAUGCCCCUCGCCGAUUUCAUCCACUACAACGACCUACAACUGUACGGCACGAGAGAUUCUCGGGGACACACAGACGCAGACGCAGACACAGACAGGGGCACAGAUCCAAGCUGCCGUCCUCGCUCAGCACUAGCCCCGCUGUUGGCCCACGCCCACCUCUCGAUCCUCAACACGCACACCACACAGCCCGCGUACCACGCCUUCCUGGCCACGCUGGACCUCUCGUCGCCGACCCGCCUCCGGCCCACAUGGGACGCAUACUUCAUGACGCUCGCCUCGCUGGCCUCGCGCCGGUCGAACUGCAUGAAACGCCGCGUCGGAUGCGUGCUCGUGCACCACGCCCGCAUCAUCUCGACGGGCUACAACGGCACGCCGCGCGGGCUGGCCAACUGCAACGAGGGCGGCUGUCCGCGGUGCAACGGCGCGUCCGGCGGCGGCGUCGCCCUCGCCACCUGUCUGUGCCUGCAUGCCGAGGAGAACGCGCUGCUCGAGGCCGGCCGCGAGCGCAUCCGCGACGGCGCCGUGCUCUACUGCGACACGUGUCCGUGCUUGACCUGCAGCGUCAAGAUCGCCCAGGUCGGCGUCAAGGAGGUCGUGUACAGCCAGAGCUAUAACAUGGAUGACGCCAGUCGGAGGGUCUUGGGCGAGGCCGGCGUCACCCUGAGGCAGUUCGUGCCUACGAGGAGUGGGUUCGUGGGGUUUGAUGUGCCUGAGUCGGGGGCCGACUGGCGUGUGGACGAUGGGAAGGAAGGGCAGCUGGUCGUGCUGAAUGGCAAGAAAUGA